GUUGACCGCUCGGCGAUGCUGUGGGCUACAGCCAGGCGAUUUUGGUUUGAACGUGGGGAAUGGGACUAUUCUGGUGACCGGUUUCUUUGGGGCAUGCGACACAUACACUAGCUAUGACAUUCGCUGUCAUCCUUAGGUAUUUUUAAAACAGGCCUUUCUUCUGCUUUGCGACUGACACAACCCCGCUUAUCCAUCGGGGCUAGGCGCGCUCAUUGCAGCAUUCAACAAAGGCAACAGUCCUGUUUGAUAAACUCAACACGCACGCUAGCUAGGCGGGUGGUAGGCUUGCAACAAAAGCAUGCAGGCCCUCGCCCCCGGCUCUCGCCGGGCUUCUCAUAAAGCAGCUCGUCUUUCUUCUGGAGGGAGACAAUGCUUACUCAGUCGGCCGGUGCUCCUGCAGCGCGGGAGUAUGUUCGGUUCAGCAAAGCGGGGGUUCCUGCCGAGCGCACAGAGCGCGUACUCGGGUGCCACAAUGCGGCAAGCCACUCUUGAAGAGGAGGAAGCCGCGGCUGCCUGGGGCCGCGAGACACAACUUGUGGAGGCGUCGGCCCCGCAUGCCGACGAGUAUGAGAGCCCGAACGACCUCGGCUUCUGGCGGGUAGACAUCGAGGACCAGGCGGCCUUCAUUUGCAACGAGCUCGACCUCUCGGACGAGCAGGCGUUGUACCUUCUGAAUGCGCUGGGCCUGUUGCCGGAGGGCGCCGCGCUCCCGGACUUCCGGGGGCAACCGGAGGGCCAGCAGCAAUAUGAGCAGGAGCUUGAGCAGCAGCAGGAGCAAGAUGCGUCGCAGCGGCCGUCGGGGUCCAUGGACGAGGUUGAGGAGCCGGUGCUGCGGGACGCUCUGGAGUCUUGGCAGGACAUGUCCGACGAGGAUGAGGACCACCGGCCCAGCACCUCGCAGCAGCAGAUGCGGCAGAUCAUGAACAACCCGGAGUUUGGGUACCAGCCGGGGGACAACGGCGGGCAGGGGGAGGAGUACGACUAUUACGAUGAGAGCAACGGCAACGGGCGACAGGACUACUCGGCGUCCUCCUCCCAGUCCGCCAUGGUCCUGGCCAGCGCCGGGGGGUCGUUCCAGGUCAGCAUAAAGCCCAACAUCAGCGAGGCCAAGCCCUCGGGCCACAAAGUGGCUCCCGGCGUGCCGGCGCUCAAGUACGACCAGUCCAGCUUCGACCGCGAGUACGAGGUCAUCCACCUGCGGGUGGUGGGUCGCCGCGCCUCCACGGCGGCGGCCAUGGGCGAGGAGAUCGAGCUGGUGCCGGGCAAGCUCAUCGCGGGGAGGUACCAGGUCCUGGAGCAGGUGGGCGCGGCCGCCUUCAGCCGCGCGGUGCAGGCGUACGACACACUGGAGCGGCGCCUGGUGUGCCUCAAGGUCGUCAAGAACGACAAGGAGUGCAUGGACGCCUGCCUGGAGGAGGUGCGGCUGCUGCAGCUGAUCAACAGCCGCGACCCGCGGGACGAGAACCACGUGGCCCGCCUGUACGACUACUUCUACCACCUUGGCCACCUGUUCCUGGUGGUGGAGCUGCUGGGCGGCAACCUGUUUGACACGCAGUGCUACGACCCCAGCUACUUCACGCCCGGCCGCAUGCAGUCCAUCGCGCGCCAGGUGCUGCAGGCGCUGGCCUUCCUGCACGCCAACCAGGUCAUCCACGCAGACAUCAAGCCCGAGAACAUCCUGGUCAAGAACUACACCAAGUGCUCGGUGAAGGUGAUCGACCUGGGCUGCUCCAUCUACAACAGCGAGGCGCACCUCAGCCACUACGUGCAGAGCCGCUCCUACCGCGCACCCGAGGUGAUGCUGGGGCUGCCCUACGACGGCCGCAUCGACAUCUGGUCGCUGGGCUGCGUCAUGGCGGAGCUGGCCACCGGGCAGGUGCUGUUCCCGAACGUGUCCGAGGCCGCCAUGAUGGCGCGGCUGGUGGGCAUGCUGGGCGAGCUGCCGCCCUACAUGCUGCAGGAGGGGCAGUACGCGGGCGCCUUCUUCACAAAGAGCGGCCGAGUGUACGAGCGCGACGCGGAGAGCGGGCUGUUCCAGCUGCUGGCGCCCAAGCGCACCACGCUGCAGGCGCGCCUGGCCAGCCCGGACCGCGGCAUGCUGCACUUCAUCCGGCACCUGCUGGUGGCAGACCCCUCCAAGCGCCCCACCGCCGAGCAGGCGCUGCGCCACCCCUGGCUGCAGUACCGCUACCGCUCGCCCAAGUAGAGGAGGCGGCGGCAGGCGCGAGAGGGGGAGGCAGCGAAGGAGGGGGAGCAGCAAGAUGAAGCAGCGGAGGCGGGAGCGGGGGCGGGAGUGGAGGCGGGCUUGGAGCCGGGAGCGAUACUCGGGUGGGCUUGAGCGGCCUUUCGCCGUACGGCUGUGCAGGCGCAGGCGCGCCUGUAGCCUGUAGCCACGAGGCGCUGCAGGGGCAGGCGAGCGGCAGGUGGUGGUGGCUGGUGUGAGCGAGGGGGACGGCGGCGCUCGCGCCGCAGUCAUGGGGCUGUAGAGCAUUCGUGGCUGCUGGUUGCAGGGCUGAGCGGGUGGGUCCGUAUCGAAGGAGCACACAGAGGUGUGUCUGUGUGGUGCCACUGUUGCCCUGUGGCAUUGGAAACUCUUAAAGACCGUGCGAAAGGGGAUGACAGCGUGGGCGUUGUACAGAGGGUAGUUCUGCAGAGGUUGCUGGGUCCUGCGCACAUGCCGGUUGCGCUCGGCGUGCCGGUGCGUGGUUGCCGGGCCUCGUGUGUUUGUGCGCUUAGGUUUCCUUGUUCUGGAGCUGUUCGCAUUUUUGUCGUUGAGGCCGGAUUUGCGGGGAUGCCAAAGGCCCCCAACAUAGAGGCGUGUGCUUAGUAGGCGCCCGCAUCAAGGUGGCUGGGUUGAUAACGACCCGGGAUCAGCCCUUUUCCUGCCAUAAGGCAGCCACCUCCUUGUUGUCGUUGAGGCCGGCGCGUCUGUAUGGGGCCCGGUGCUCCGGUUGCCGCGGGCUCCAGACGUCCAGGCGCGUGGGAUUCGUCGUUCAAUUGCUUCUUUCACAGGACGUAGGGCGGUCGACGUAACGCUCAUCUGUGGGUUUGUUAGGUUAGGAUGGCUGCGUCGCGCUGUCGAUGUGUACGGACGGGGCUCAGUGGAAGGGCAUUGUUGCUGUACAACAGUAUGAAACUCAAAGCGCAGAUAGGCAGAGGACAGGUGUUGCACCGCAAUAGCGUUUGCCGUUCUCGACAAGGCGUGACCGGAUACGUGUGGGUGCUGGGCUUUUGGUCCGUUUGGGUUCAUGUGGACCGAGGAGGAUGAGACGUGGGCAUGCAGGGGCUGCCGCCGUGCCGAUGGGCAAGGAUGAGUAAGGUGCGUUGAUGCAACUGAGGCCCAGAGUGACAGCACAGGCGACCUGGUCGUUAUGGUGGUUGGCGCUGUGCUGGGGGCGGGGCAGGCACGGUGGCUGGUUCCGGUUCGCCACGCAUGGUCUGGGCGGCGGGGGGGUUGCGCGCCUGUCGCCCAGCCGAGCGCCGUUUUGCCUGCCUUUCGCUGGCGCGGCAGAUUGUAACCAUACCCUAGC